AUGAAACUGUUUCAAGUAUUCAUUUACUUUGCGUUUGUGGUUCUUUAUCCAGUAUUAGGCCAAACAACGAGAGCAUCUUCAAGCACAUCAUCAUCGUCAACGACCAAUGGACUUUUAGAUCUCUUGCGUUUGGAAAAUGUUAAAAAUUCAAUCAAUCAACAGAGUCGCAUAGCUAAACUGAAUGCAACUGAUUUUAUUUUUGAUUUUGUCAGUGCCACUACAGGUAUUUCACAAGGUACUGGCGGAAGAAUUGUGCAAGCAUCAGGUUCCAACUUUCCUGGUGCUAUUGGAAAUGGCGUUGCAAUGACUGUAGGCUUUUUAGGUCCCUGCGGUAUGAAUCUUCCACAUACACAUCCACGAGCAACUGAAAUAAACUUUUCCGUCGAUGGUGAAUUCGAGGUUGGCUUUCUACAGGAAAAUGGAGUCAGUUUUGUAACUAACAGAGUAAAACGUGGCACAGCAGCUAUUUUUCCACAAGGAGCCAUCCAUUUUGAACAGAACUUGAAUUGUGUUCCAGCAACAUUCGUAGCUGCAUUCAAUAGUGAAGAUCCUGGCGUACUUACUAUUGCGAAUACAUUCUUUGGUGGAUUACCAGCAACAGUCGUUGGAGCAUCUCUCGGAGGUUUAAACAUAUCAACAAUAGAAGACAUACGAAUGGCAGUAGCCAAAAAUCCAUCAGUAGGCAUCGCUGAAUGUCGAAAACGAUGUGGUCUUUAA